AUGGAAGCACACGAGGGAUCAGAGCACGAAUACGGGAUUGACGGAGUACAUGAGCAGAAGAGCUUGUUGAAUAGGCACGAAGAUGAUCAAAUGCAAGGCUCCUGGCUGCAAGCUUCGCGAUUUGAGUGGUGUGGUCCCAAUCUCACGCUCCGAAGUAAUGUGUUACAGGACUCCAGGAUUUGGCGUGCGUCGAGGGUUGCUAAUAUGGUAGGUAUCGAUAAACGGCCGAACGUGGUGUCAAUGCUUUCCUCGAGAGUUGGGAGGGAUGGCGGCGCAUCGACGGUUGUCAAUUGGAUCAAUACUGGUUUUAGGUUGCCGCGCACACACGGGAUGAAUGUGGUGUACGCACUGGUAAUUACUACUGCAGAGGCCGUCUCAUUAAGAUCCUCGACGCUCACUCUCCUCACCACUCGAGCUGAUGAGCGUAGAGCAUGUGCUUCCCGUCGGGAUCGUCAUCGCAGCUGGACAUUCCCUGGUCUAUACCCUCCGCACACACACAUCCCGCAAGAUGUUGCUGUUCAUCUUGAGACAGACUUGAAGCGAGGAUUCAAGAGCAAGGAUAAUCAUUGUAUUUUAACGCGAUGUGCACCAGUCAAGGUAGCACUGAUUAGAGAGGUUGCGAGGGCGGUUGUAGUCGGGACGAAUAGGUGGAGAGCGGCGUGCGGACACGCGGAGAGAGCAUGCGCGCGUUCUGUACUGAAAGAAAAGAAGACAUCGCUCCGGAAAAGUAAAGGAUGCGAGGGAAAGAAGUGGCACAGAUGGACGAAGACGUCAUUCGGAGGGAGGUGGUCUGUGGCUGUACGAUGGACCGGUCUUGGGUAUAAAGAAAGGGAGGGAGAGAGAUCGUCGUCGUCGUCGAUGACCAGUGCGGCUUUCCCGGCCCCACGUUUACGACCGGGAAGGAUACAACAACCUCGGAGUCAAUGGCAGGCGCCACUGGGAAGCCAAUUUCCAAAUGCGCAGUCAAACCGUGUACUCUUUUCCUAUCAAACGUCCUCGUCGAGCGGUUUCCUUAUCUUCCUCGCCAUUUUCCCAUGA